UAAAUUGACAUACCUCUAAUUAAUUCCAUGGCGACUCUGUUCAGAAGCUAUAAACCUUUUCUACCCCUUCGCUUUAAACCCAUUCACACCAAAUCCAUUUCUCUCAACCCCAAAACCAAUUUCCGCUUUCGCACCUUUUCUGCAAUCAAUUGCUCCAAUCAUCAUCCAUUGCCUCUUUCUACUGAACAAAUUCACACGAAAAUAAACAAGGAGUUGUGGCUGCACAAUACUAUGAGCAGGCAAAAGGAGCUGUUUAACCCUAAAAUUGAAGGCAGGGUAGGAAUGUACGUGUGUGGUGUCACCGCAUAUGACCUCAGCCACAUUGGCCACGCACGCGUCUACGUUGCUUUUGACGUGCUUUAUAGAUACCUCAAGUACUUGGGAUAUGAGGUUAACUAUGUACGCAAUUUUACUGAUGUUGAUGACAAGAUUAUUGCGAGGGCAAAUGAGUUGGGUGAAGAUCCAAUAAGUUUGAGCAGAAGAUAUUGUGAAGAAUUCAAUCAUGACAUGAGAUAUCUAAACUGCAUUCCUCCUUCCGUGGAACCUCGUGUUUCAGAUCACAUGUUGCAGAUUGUUGAUAUGAUUAAACAGAUACUUGAUAAUGGUUGCGCGUACACGAUCAAUGGUGAUGUUUACUUCUCUGUAGACAAGUUUCCAGAGUAUGGCCGAUUAUCUGGGCGUAAAUUGGAAGACAAUAGGGCUGGUGAGAGGGUGGCAGUGAACUCAAUGAAGAAAAAUCCAGCUGACUUUGCUUUAUGGAAAUCGGCAAAAGAGGGAGAACCAUUUUGGGAGAGUCCAUGGGGUCGUGGAAGACCUGGAUGGCAUAUUGAGUGUAGUGCGAUGAGCGCUGCUUAUUUAGGUUAUUCUUUUGAUAUACAUGGUGGUGGAAUGGAUCUUGUUUUUCCCCAUCAUGAAAAUGAGAUUGCUCAAAGUUGUGCUGCGUGCCAUCAGAGCAGUGUAAGCUAUUGGAUACACAACGGUUUUGUGACCAUCGACUCUGAGAAAAUGUCUAAAUCUCUCGGUAACUUUUUCACAAUUCGACAGGUUAUAGAACUUUAUCAUCCACUGGCUUUGAGGCUUUUCAUUAUUGGAACUCAUUAUCGCUCGCCAAUCAAUUACUCAGACCAUCAGCUCGAAAGUGCAUCAGACCGUAUUUUUUAUAUCUAUCAGACAUUACACGAUUGUGAGUGUGUUCUCACACAGCGUGAUGAAACUAGUUGGAAGGAUAGCAUUCCACUUGGAAUCACGAGUUGUAUAAACAAAUUUCAUGAAGAAUGUAUUACAUCAAUGUCAGACGAUCUUCAUACUCCUGUAGCUUUGGCUGCAAUGUCUGAACCAUUGAAAAUCAUCAAUGAUCUUCUACAUACUCGUAAGGGGAAGAAGCAAGAGUUGAGAACAGAGUCACUUGCAUCUUUAGGAAAGACGAUUAAAGAUGUUCUUACUAUUUUAGGGCUCUUGCCUGAUAGUUACUCGGAGGCACUGCAACAGCUAAGGGGUUAUGCGUUGAAGAGAGCAAGGUUAACAGAAAACGAAGUUGAGCAGAAAAUUGAAGAAAGAAAAGGUGCAAGAGAAAACAAAGAAUAUGAAAAAUCUGAUGCUAUACGAAAGGAUUUGGCGGCUGUAGGAAUUGCACUAAUGGACAGUCCAGACGGCACAAUAUGGAGACCAGCUGUUCCUCUAGCAAUGCAAGACCACCACUCUACUACAUCAACUUGACUCUCCGUCUUUGUUACAUAGGGGAUUCGUCCUCGUUUUUUUUUUUUUAACAUCCAAGUGUGUCCAUCACUUGGUAACUUUCAUGUAUCAAUAGUAAUUUUUUUUAAAUAUUUACAAAGUUGCGCACAAAGUCGAAAAUGUUGUCUUGCAGUUGUUUGCAGUUGACAAGUUAUGAACCCUGCGAGAACUAAUAAUGUUUAAUUCAGAUUGUGUUACACUACAUACAAUGUAUUGGCGUUUCUUAAUUCAGAAUAAAACAUAGGAUUUUUCAGUAA